AUGGCAGAUCCAGUUGCUCGUGCUCGUGAAAUUGCAGCACGUUUAGCAGCAGCUGCAAUUCCUGGUGGUGAAGCAUUGGGCAAGCGUAAAAGUCGAUGGGAGGGUGAUGUCGAUAGUGGUGUACGACCUGCACCUGGAAUGGGCGAGAAGAAACGCAAGAAAGUUUAUAUUCCAGUGGAUAAAUACCCAGAUAUUAAUUUUAUGGGAUUACUGAUUGGUCCUCGUGGCUCGAAUCAAAAACGUAUGGAAGAUGACUCCGGUGCCCGUAUUUUGAUACGUGGCAAAGGUUCAUCCAAGGACCCAACGGGUGAGCCAGACGAGAACGAGGAACUGCAUGUGCUUAUUACUGCUGAUACAGAUGAAGCAGUGGCCAAGGCUCAGAGUGCAGUAGAGGAUAUUCUUUUUAACCCGCAGCAGGCCAUGAAGCUUAAGCAAGAGCAGCUUCGCAAAGUUGCAGAGCUUAACGGCACGUUGAACGAAAACUAUGGCGCUCCAAGAUCUGGAGAGGGUGAUAGUUACUUGAGUGGAGCUAGUAGCAGUGCACCAGCUCACUAUGGCCCUGGCACCGACAGUGAUUCGACGUCAUUUGAUAUGAGGGUCCCACGUGAUCUAGUGGGUUAUAUUAUUGGACGCGGAGGAGAGACUAUUCGUGAUCUUCAGAUGAAGAGUGGUGCACACAUUCAGAUUGUACGUGAAGAAGAAGGAGCUCCGGCGACGCCCGACCGUUUUGUGAACAUCACGGGGAACCAAGAUGCUUUGGAAUUGGCCCAAAAACUCAUUCAGAAUCUUAUUGACGAGCGACAGCAAAAUCAAGGAGCUGGUGGCUUCCGCGAGCGUGACGAUCGAGAUCGCAUGGCACGCUACGGUGGCAUUAACCCUGAUGGUACCGAGUCGGUGGAGCUGUUGAUUCCAAAUGGACGCGUGGGACUUAUUAUUGGACGCGGUGGCUGCACAAUUAAGGCUAUUCAGCAGCGUACUGGUACAAGUGUCACUAUUCCGCAGACGCCAGAUCCGAACCACCCUGAAAUGCGUCUCAUUACUAUUCGUGGUACAAUGGAGGCAAAGGAGGCCGCUAAAUUCGAGAUUCAAGCAAUGGUAAACGAGGAGCCUGGGCAGCGACAAAGCUUCGGCAUGGCCUCGAGUCAAACCAUUUACAUGCAGGUACCCAACGACAGGGUCGGUGUCAUUAUUGGCAAGCGUGGAGAAACGAUCAAAGGAAUUCAGGACCGCUAUGCUGUUCGUAUCCAAAUUCCGCAAGUGCCGGAUCCGGGGUCAAACCCACCGGUGCGCACUAUCUCUAUUCAAGGUCCACCGCAAAGUUUGACAGGAGCGAAGGAGGAGGUAGAUAUGGUGAUUUUGCAAGGGGCGGGUACCCAAGGGUUUGGUACAAGUGGGGGGCAGUAUGGAAGCUUUGAUACUAGUUAUGGUGGAGGACAAUCUGGAGGCUAUGAUCAGCAACAACAGUAUGGAAGUUACGGAGCCCAAGCCCAGCAGGAUCCUUAUGCCUCAUAUUAUCAACAACAAGGUCAACAAGGUCAGUAUUUCGAACAGGAUGCAUCAGCAGCCGCCGGAACGGUAGCAGCUGCAGGUGGGGGGGACCAAGCAGCGACAACGACAUCCACCGCAGACCCGAAUGACCCGAACGCCUACUGGAACGGCUACUAUGAGUAUGCAGCAUACUACGGUGUAGAUGCUGCUAAUGCGGCUUGGGGUGUGACGGGUGCUGCUGCGCAGGCUAGCGCUGAGGCUUACCAACAAUAUCAGCAGCAAGCUGGCGUAGCUGAUGGCGCUGAGGCUGUCUCUGCUGCUGCACUGGGAUCCACUAGCGAUGCCCCUGCUGCGCCUUCAUCUGUCAGUGAAGCACCUGCGUCUUCGGCCACAGGUGAUGGCGGUACUGAUUUGUCUGUGGCUCCCGCAAGCGCUACCCCACCACAGAAACAAGGACCCCCAGGUACGGCGGAGAGAGAGGUUGGUGUUGACAGGGAAAAACGAGUGACGGGUUGCUACAACAAGAGUAGGCAUUGA